CUCGAUGUUGUGUCCCGCCUUCCCUGUCCAUUCUCACUAGCCCCUCCCUUCUUCAUGUGUCUGGCUGCGCUGAGCCGCGCCCCUCUAGUAAUGACCCCGCCUCCGUUUCUCCUCUGCCCAGCAUCUUUCCCCUCUGUCCCCGCCCCGGUACACGCCCAUCCCGCCCAAGUCUCUGGUGCCCCGCCCCCCGGCUGUGGACGGCCGCUCUAUCGUGUAUGUGUAUUUAGGGAGCGCACAUCCUCCAGGAGCCGCACACCGCAGUGUUAUAGAGCGCCCGGCCCUGCAGCCUGAUGAAGGGUCGUGGACCCGAACCGUCCCCCGGAUCCCCUGCAAAGUAGUGACCGUACAACACGAGGAUCAAUAAAGACCUUGCACUUGUGACCGAACCAUCGGGAGUGCUGCUGCUUCUUCUGGUCUGGAUUAUACUUACCAGGGCUUGGGAGGGCACCACCGGGAUCUGCCACCCGGAAUCUCUACAGAGUGGGCACAGGAGAUGCAUAGCCCAUGCCCGGCUAGCUGCCCCUGAUUUGCGGCUUUCUCCUGCACUUUCCCGGACGCUUGGAAACUACUUGGAAGUGGAUUUGCACCCAGAGUAGCGGACUGGGCGCUGCACCCACUGGCAUCGCCGCCUGAACCCCCAGCUGCCAGGGAGGAGGGGGCCGGGGCUCUUGUUCUGUAUGCGAGAAGAUCCAGCAGGGAGAAAGCCUGGAGUGUGGCCGAGGAGCGAUGACUUCAGUCCGGGGCCCCAGGGUUCUGUCCUCCGCUCUGCUACUGGGGCUGGCACUGCUGCUCAGCUGCGGCUUCGGCUCAUCAUUGGCAGGGGUCGAGUAUAGUGAUGUACUUCCAGACUCCUUCCCGUCAGCACCUGCAGAGUCUUUACCACAUUUUCUCUUGGAACCAGAAGAUGCCUAUAUUGUAAAAAAUAAGCCAGUAGAGCUCAUCUGCAAAGCUAACCCAGCCAUACAGAUCUACUUCAAGUGCAAUGGAGAGUGGGUGAACCAGAACGACCAUAUCACUAAAGAAAGGGUUGAUGAGUUAACAGGACUUGUAAUACGAGAGGUCCAGAUCGAGGUUUCCAGACAGCAGGUAGAAGAACUGUUUGGUUUGGAGGAUUACUGGUGCCAGUGUGUGGCAUGGAGUUCAGCAGGCACUACCAAGAGCCGUAGAGCCUACGUCAGAAUAGCCUAUUUGCGGAAGAAUUUUGACCAAGAGCCUCUAGGUAAAGAGGUACCUUUAGAACAAGAGGUGUUGCUUCAGUGCCGUCCUCCGGAAGGUAUUCCACCUGCUGAGGUGGAGUGGUUAAGAAAUGAAGACAUCAUUGACCCCACACAAGACACUAAUUUCCUCAUCACAAUUGACCACAACCUCAUAAUUAAGCAAGCUCGGCUUUCGGAUACCGCCAACUAUACCUGUGUUGCUAAGAAUAUUGUUGCCAAGCGCAGGAGUACCACGGCAUCUGUUAUAGUUUAUGUGAAUGGAGGAUGGUCAUCCUGGUCUGAAUGGUCUCCAUGUAACAACCCCUGUGGGCGAGGUAUACAAAAGAGGACCAGAAUGUGUACGAAUCCAACCCCUCUGAAUGGUGGCGCUUUUUGUGACGGCCAACCUUUCCAGAAACUGGCUUGCACCACUAUGUGCCCAGUUGACGGAGGAUGGACUGAGUGGAGCAAAUGGUCAGCGUGCAGCACUGAAUGCACUCAUUGGAGAAGCAGAGAAUGUAAUGCGCCUACGCCAAAAAAUGGGGGGAAAGAUUGCAGCGGAAUGCUGCUCGACUCCAAAAACUGCACAGAUGGCUUGUGUAUGCAGAACAAGAGAGUGUUAGGUGAGCCAAAAAGCCAUUUGUUGGAUUCAACUGGAGAUGUUGCCCUCUAUGCCGGCCUGGUUGUUGCCAUUUUCAUAUUCAUUGUUAUCCUCAUGGCUGUCGGGAUAGUUGUGUACAGACGUAACUGCCGGGAUUUUGACACGGACAUCACAGAUUCCUCAGCUGCCCUUACAGGAGGAUUUCAUCCUGUGAACUUCAAGACUUCUAGGCACGACAACUCCCACUUAUUACACCCAUCAAUGCAGCCAGAUUUAACAGCCAAUGCUGGUAUAUAUCGAGGUCAUAUGUAUGCCUUACAAGACUCAGCGGACAAAAUUCCCAUGACCAACUCUCCAUUGUUAGAUCCUCUACCAAACCUAAAGAUAAAAGUCUUUAAUUCCUCUCCAGUGGGGUCCUCUCCUGGGAUACAUGAUGACUUGCUUGGUCCUAAAACCCUAGGGACAUACCCAUCCGAUACAAAUAUCAUUAAUGCGAGGAAUAAAACUAUAAGCAGCCAGCACCUCCUAACCUUGCCACGUGACUCUAGUAACAGCGUGACUGGAACUUUCGGAAGCCUUGGGGGAAGACUGACUUUCCCAAACACAGGAGUGAGUUUGCUGAUACCACAUGGAGCUAUUCCACAGGGAAAAUACUAUGAAAUGUAUUUAAUGAUUAAUAAAAGAGAAAACACAGUUCUACCUUCGGAAGGGACACAAACUAUUUUAAGUCCGAUAGUUACUUGCGGGCCCACAGGACUUCUGUUGUGUAAACCUGUCAUUCUGUCCAUCCCUCAUUGUGCGGAUAUAGCCACAUCAGACUGGAUUUUACAGCUGAAGACUCAGUCUCACCAAGGAAACUGGGAGGAGGUUGUGACAUUAAAUGAAGAGACUCUCAACACGCCAUGCUAUUGCCAGCUCGAGAGCCAGUCCUGUCACAUUUUACUCGACCAGUUGGGAACCUAUGCUUUUGUAGGAGAAUCUUAUUCCAGAUCGGCAAUAAAGAGGCUCCAACUAGCUAUAUUUGCACCACUUCUUUCCACAUCUCUUGAAUACAAUCUCAAGGUCUACUGCUUAGAAGACACCCCUGAUGCAUUAAAGGAAGUUCUAGAGCUGGAGAAGACCUUAGGGGGAUAUCUAGUAGAAGAACCAAAGCCACUGAUGUUCAAAGACAGUUACCACAACCUGCGAUUAUCUAUUCAUGAUAUUCCUCAUUCUCUGUGGAGAAGCAAAUUACUAGCAAAAUUUCAGGAGAUACCAUUUUAUCACAUCUGGAGUGGAAGUCAGAGGUCAUUGCAUUGUACGUUUACUUUGGAAAGGUACAGUUUGGCUUCCACAGAACUAACGUGCAAAAUUUGUGUGAGACAAGUGGAAGGAGAAGGCCAGAUAUUCCAGUUGCAUACUAACCUGGAAGAGAAUGCCAAAUCAUUUGAUCCCUUUUUUUCACAUCCUGGAAGUAAUGUAACAACCCAGCUAGGACCAUAUGCCUUUAAAAUCCCUAUGUCAAUCAGACAAAAAAUUUGCAACAGUUUGGAUGCUCCAAACUCAAGAGGAAAUGACUGGAGGCUUUUGGCACAAAAACUCAGCGUGGAUCGGUACCUGAACUAUUUUGCCACCAAAGCCAGUCCAACAGGAGUUAUCUUGGACUUAUGGGAAGCCUUACACCAAGACGAUGGUGAUCUCAACACUCUUGCCAGUGCCUUGGAAGAAAUGGGCAAGAGUGAAAUGAUGCUUGUAAUGGCAACAGAAGGAGACUGCUGAUGACUUCUGGAUGCGGUUGACUUGCGUCAGUGAAUUUUUAAGAGUUGUUAACAACAGAAAGGCCUUUGGUCCAGAAACAGGGGACUUAUUUUUUUCUUGUUUAUCCUGGAAGACUCGGCAGCAGUGUAAUGGAGAGAUUGAAUACUCUUAUGGUCUACUCACAACCAGCCUUAGAAAUCCUUACAUACUGUUUACAAGCCAUCCAAGUGUCUAACGAAAUACCUUCACACGCCACCCACCAAAUGCCAGACACAAGGAAAGCAUCUUCGUUCCCAUAACUGCUGGCAGACAUCUUUCAUGUUCCCUUUCUAAGCAUUUAAGACUUCUUAGUUUUAAGCUCUUUCAUUUUUUCCAUCUUUAAACAUGAUAUGUAUUCCUUGAAAGAUCAUGUACAAUCUGAUCAAACUGCUUCUAUCCUGUCCAAGCUUGGAACAGCCUUACUACUGAGGCAAAAGGUUUCUUAGGAAACGCAAGUUUAUUUAUUAUCCAGAUCUUUGGAUGAGUCUGUUUUAUAUGUUAAUGAGUGACAUUUCUGAGUGUAUGCACCCACGGGUAUGAUUGAGGCUGGCUCGAUAUCUUGCUCUGGUAGACGUUUCUGACUAGACAAAAUGUACUUUAAUGGCUUAUUUAUACCUAUGAGGCCUACUGUCAGUAUGAUAUUGUUCAAUAUGUGACACGUCAUUGGGAAAUAUUCUGCAUCCACUUCUCGCUAUUCAUUGUUGUCCCAUCAUGAAUUUUUUAGAUACCUGAAUAGAAACCCUACACAGCUCAGGGAAAAUAUGGGGGGUCACUGGAGUGGAGAAAAGGGAUCCUUAUGUUGCAGUUUACUGACAUAGUGUUAGAAAGGUUACAGAGUAGUGGUGGGCUAUGACCAUGGUGGCCAAUUAAAAAUGAUUUUUUUUUUCAGUUGUACAAAAAUUUCUUUAAAAUAGCUUAAAUCAGUUUAUAACUUUUUUAGGCCAGCCACCUGAUCAUCAGUUUUUUUUUUUUAAUAUGCCCAUGUUUCUGUGUUUGGGUUCCUUACUUUCUUAUCGAUAAAUCAUUCAUUUUAUUAAAGAGCUACAGCACUGAUAGAAUUGAAUCUGCAACUUGGCAUAUUAUGGCCUGGAAAUGUGCUAUUUAAUCUGUUUCUAUACAGACAUUUCCAAAAUCUGGAUACAGAAGUAAUAAUCAAAAAACAAUUAUGGACAGCAAUAGUAACAAUUCCCAUUCCUCAAGCUCAGGAAGUGAAUGUAAGCUUCUUUUUUUUUUUUUUUUUUUUUUUUAAAUGGCAAAACGUUCUGUCCUGUCAAGAUAACAAGUAGUUUAAAUAUGUCCUGCAAAACAGUUGAUAACUAGUGUUGUUGUAUGAGAGAACAUUCUCUUCUCCACCUACAAAAAUGAAUAUUUUAAAGGGGUACUCGGCCCCUAGACAUCUUAUCCCCUAUCCGAAGGAUAGGGGAUAAGAUGUCAGAUCGCGGGGGGCCCGCCGCUGGGGACCCCUGGAUCUUGGCUUCAGCACCCACCUGUUGUGGCUUGCAGAAACGCUGGAGGCUUCGGCUCCCGACCAUGGUGACGGGAGAUCGUGACGUCACGACUCCGCCCCUGUGUGAUGUCACGCCCCGCCCCUCAAUGCAAGUCUAUGGGAGGGGGCGUGACAGCCGUCACGCCCCCUGCCAUAGACUUGCAUUGAGGGGACGGGGCGCGACGACGUCACACGGGGCAGAGUCGUGACGUCACCAUGGUUGUAAGGCGUUAGGAUGAGAGCCUCCAGUGCUGCCGGAAGCCGCAACAGGUGGGUGCUGCAGCCGAGAUCCCGGGGUCCCCAGCGGCGGGACCCCCGCGAUCUGCCAUCUUAUUCCCUAUCCUUUCGAUAGGGGAUAAGAUGUCUAGGGGCGGAGUACCCCUUUAAGGGCUGUCCAGAAUUAAGAAUUAGAAAAUCAAGAUUGGCUUUAUUUCCCAAAACAGCGCUACUCUGGAACAUGGGCUGUAUCUGGAUUUGUACUUCAGCACCAUUUCCUUACAUAAUAUGGAGUUGCAAUACCAAAUGCAGCCCAAGGAUGAGAGUGGGUCUGUGCCUCUGAAAAAAACAGACCCUUUUCUAAUCCUUUUUUACUUUAAUUGUGGACUUUAAUACACACACUUUUUUUCUGUGUAUUUCUCACUGGUUUAAUUUUUUUUUAAAUUUAAAAACACAUACCUAAUGUCAUUACUGCAUUUGAAAUCUAUUUUUCAAGUAGCAAAUGCUCAUUUAUUUACCACUACAAAUGUAAAGAGAAUUGGAUUAAAAGUGUU